CGCGGCUUUCCGUCCUAGUCCGGCUUCUGGGCAACCCAGGGCUGGAAGGCCGACAGGGCUGGUGGCUGGACGCAGAGGGCAAAGCGGGUGCGGGAGUCACCAGGCUUGGCCAGUUCAGGUUCCCUGUGGUUUCCAAUCAGAAUUGUUCAAGCAGGCUCCUGGAAGUCCUGAGCACUUCAUCUUGGUUUACUGUUUUCUUAUUGUGUCUAUACCAUGGAAAAUCAAUUGGCUAAAUCAAUUGAAGAACGAACAUUUCAGUACCAGGACUCUCUUCCAUCAUUGCCUGUUCCUUCACUUGAGGAUUCAUUAAAAAAAUACCUUGAAUCAGUGAAGCCAUUUGCAAAUGAAGAAGAGUAUAAGAAAACUGAAGAAAUAGUUCAAAAGUUUCAAGAUGGAGUUGGCAAAAUAUUGCAUCAGAAGUUACUUGAAAGGGCUAAAGGAAAAAGAAACUGGCUGGAAGAGUGGUGGCUCAAUGUUGCCUACCUGGACGUGCGUAUUCCAUCACAACUGAAUGUGAACUUCGUGGGUCCGUCUCCCCAUUUUGAACACUACUGGCCUGCAAGAGAAGGCACUCAGUUAGAAAGGGGAAGUAUACUGCUGUGGCACAACUUGAACUACUGGCAGCUGCUAAGAAAAGAAAAAUUGCCUGUACAUAAAUCUGGAAAUACUCCUCUAGACAUGAACCAAUUCCGAAUGUUAUUUUCUACCUGCAAGGUUCCAGGAAUUACUAGAGAUUCAAUUAUGAAUUAUUUUAAGACUGAGAGUGAAGGCCAUUGUCCAACCCACAUUGCUGUGCUAUGCCGAGGCAGAGCGUUUGUCUUUGACGUGCUACAUGAGGGAUGUUUGAUCACCCCACCAGAACUUCUCAGACAACUGACAUAUAUCCACAAGAAGUGCUGGAAUGAACCUGUUGGACCCGGUGUUGCGGCCUUAACUAGUGAGGAGCGAACUCGGUGGGCAAAGGCAAGAGAAUAUCUCAUUGGUCUUGAUCCAGAGAACUUGGCUUUAUUAGAAAAAAUUCAAACCAGUUUAUUUGUGUAUUCCAUAGAAGACACCAGUCCACAUGCAACCCCAGAAGAUUUUUCUCAGGUCUUUGAAAUGCUUCUCAGUGGAGAUCCCGCAGUACGCUGGGGUGACAAGUCCUAUAAUUUGAUUUCCUUUGCUAAUGGAAUAUUUGGCUGUUGCUGUGAUCACGCGCCUUAUGAUGCCAUGGUUAUGGUGAACAUUGCACAUUAUGUUGAUGAGAGACUGUUAGAGACGGAAGGAAGGUGGAAGGGAUCAGAAAAAGUCCGGGAUAUACCAUUGCCAGAGGAGCUGGCUUUCACCGUGGAUGAGAAAGUACUGAAUGAUGUCUCCCAAGCCAAAGCCCAACACCUCAAAGCGGCAUCUGAUCUGCAGAUAGCAGCAUCUCCCUUCACAUCUUUUGGCAAAAAGCUCACGAAGAAGGAGGCCCUCCAUCCUGAUACCUUUAUUCAGCUUGCUCUUCAGCUCGCCUAUUACAGACUUCACGGACGCCCCGGUUGCUGCUAUGAAACAGCUAUGACAAGAUACUUCUACCAUGGCCGGACAGAGACUGUGCGGUCGUGUACAGUAGAGGCCGUCCGGUGGUGCCAGGCCAUGCAGGAUCCCUCAGCCAGUCUCCUUGAACGUCAGCAAAAGAUGUUAGAAGCUUUUGCGAAGCAUAAUAAGAUGAUGAAAGAUUGUUCACAUGGAAAAGGAUUUGACCGUCACCUUUUAGGUCUUUUGCUCAUAGCAAAAGAGGAAGGUCUCCCUGUUCCGGAACUAUUUGAGGACCCACUUUUCUCCAGAAGUGGAGGAGGUGGAAAUUUUGUGCUCUCAACAAGUCUGGUUGGUUACUUACGAGUUCAAGGAGUCGUGGUCCCCAUGGUACACAAUGGGUAUGGGUUUUUCUACCACAUCAGAGACGACAGGUUUGUGGUGGCAUGUACAUCUUGGAGGUCAUGUCCAGAGACUGACGCAGGAAAGCUAGUUCAGAUGAUUUUUCAUGCUUUCCAUGAUAUGAUACAGCUGAUGAACACCGCUCAUCUUUAGAGACUCAGAGACAGACACAGAUCGUAGAAACUCGAUACGGAGAGUAGUACGGUGAUAUGGCAUGGAAGGAAUGUUGACUUAAUGUAGGGAUUAGGAGAGCGAUGCUCUCUAGAUUUGUUCUACCUUAAAGCCUCCUGUGCUGCAACAGCAGUGCAAAGUCAGACAUAGUGAAUAGAACUAUGCAAUGUUUAAGCCUCAACAAUGCAAAUCUGUAUAUCUUAACAAUACAAAUUCUACUCUAAUGUUAAAGUAUUUCUAGGUAGGUUGCAAAUCCUCUGUGAACAUAAUUGUAGAGUCUUUCUCAAGCACUUUAAUACUUUCUAAUUGCCAGAGGGAUAAAGCACAUGGUUAGAUGCUAAUUUCCCUGACAAAAGUGCCUUCCAUACCCAGCACAGGAGUACAAGCCUGUGAGAUUUCAUGGGAAAACCACUGUUGUUCAAUAGUGAUCUAAACUAGCUCCUUCGAACAGAUAAAAGGAUCAAGUUGUAUUAGAAAUUUUUGCACUACUACAGAAAAGAAUAUUAGUAAAACUCAUUAUGAUAUGUUGUAAUUCAUUUUGUGAAUAUAAAAUUAAAGCACUUCCAUUUAAACCUAA